AUUGUGUGUGUGUGUUUGGGGUUGAGAAAAUGUUUCCGAGUGGCUUUCUUUCUUCUGUGCGAUGUCCAUUUUUCCCAAGGAAGAAGAAGGGCAACCGGGAUAGUCUGGAAACUGAAGCCAAAGAACUGCACUUUUGGUACUCCGUUCCCUUCAACGGAGAUCCCUCGCUGCAGAAUCUCCCAACAUUCAGCUUACGAUCCGACGGCACCAGGUCAACUAUGCUGCUUAUUUUGUGCUCCACUCAUGGUUUAAUUUACUCGCUUACUCAGUGACUCGUUUUCGAUCCAAGCUGUUUCUCUCUUUAAAUUUUGCAGAGCAGAGGAGUACAGGGUGAAGAAGAAAACAGAAAUGUCUGGCAGAGUGUCGAGCUUUUCGGAUCUGAUACAGCGGGUUACAGCUUCUUGCUUGCUGCACCCACUCGCAGCCGAAACCCCAGACAUUCGCCCGACCCUCAACGGUGUUAUAGGAGAAGAGGAAGAAGAGUCGUCAUUCGAGUACGAAUCCAGCGAGGAAGACGAUGAUGGGUUGAAUGGGUAUGCGGAGAAAAUUGAUAAAGAAGAGAAAUCAAUAACCGGGAAUUGGAAGGGAGGGAAAGUGGGGAAUAUAGCGACGGCUGAGAUGGUGAUCUUGAUGAAUGAGGUGUUCGAUGCGGUGUCGGCGAUGAAGAAGGCGUAUGUGAGUAUGCAAGAGGCGCAUUGCCCGUGGGACCCGGAGAGGAUGAGGGCGGCUGACGUGGCCGUGGUGGGGGAGCUGAGGAAGUUGGGGAUUUUGAGGGACAGGUUUUGGAGGAGUGGUGGCGGCGGUGGUGGGAGGAAGAGGAGGGGGCAAGUUGCUACGCUGAGGGAGGUGGUGGCACCGUAUGAGGCAGCUGUAGAGGAGGCGAAGAGGGAGGUAAAAGCGAAGGACGCGGAGAUCCAGAGCUUGAAGGAGAAGCUCAAAAGCGCCACCACCCUUUCUAAUGGCGGAGGAGGGAAGAAGGGACGGUCUGUCUCGAGGAGGAAAGUCUGCUGCAGUCAAGCUCUUGCAGCGGCGCCGGCGCCGGAGCUAUUUGAGGCAACGAUGAGUCAGGUGAGAGAGGCAUUGAAGUCAUUCGCGUCCCAUCUCCUCUCCCUAAUGCGGGCUGCUCACUGGGACAUUGCAGCCGCCGUCCGUUCCAUAGAAUCCGCCACUGCCAACACUGAAUCGGGCUUCAUCACCACGACGAUCACUCCUUCCGUCAUCGCAAACCACCACGCCAAGUAUGCUCUUGAAUCCUACGUUUCGCGUAAGAUUUUCCAGGGCUUCGAUCACGAGACAUUCUUCAUGGACGGAAGCCUCUCGUCGCUCCUCAACCCGGAUCAGUAUCGCCGUGACUGCUUCACCCAGUACCGCGACAUGAAGGCAAUGGACCCGGUCGAGCUUCUCGGAAUCUUGCCCACAUGUCACUUUGGCAAAUUCUGCUCCAAGAAGUACCUCGCCACAGUUCAUCCCAAGAUGGAAGAAUCCCUGUUCGGAAACUUGGAGCAGCGCGACCAGGUGGUGGCGGGAAACCAUCCCCGUAGUCAGUUUUACGGUGAGUUCUUGGGGCUGGCCAAGGCCAUCUGGUUGCUUCACCUGUUGGCAUUCGCACUUGAUCCGGUACCAAACCAGUUUGAGGCUAGCAGGGGAGCCGAGUUUCAUCCACAAUACAUGGAAAGUGUAGUAAAAUUUUCUGGCGGACGGAUCCCGGCAGGUCAGGUUGUCGGUUUUGCAGUAACUCCUGGGUUUAAUCUCGGGAAUGGGUCGAUUAUCAAGGCCGGAGUUUACGCAGUCCCUCGAACUUAAAAGUUAAAUGUCUUUGGUUUGGGUAGAUGUUGUGCACCUUCGUAAAGUAAUGGUCACAAAAACUUGAAUCCAUUAUAAUUUCUGCUGUUUUUAGAUUUGCA